GCGUAAGGGCCGGCGCCCAUUGUCGGCAUCGGCAAGGAACAGGAUCCUUCGGCAUCCUACAUGCAAGCGCACACUGAUGGAAACUAUGCUUUGGCAUGCUGCAACGUUCUUAGGGAUGACGAGGCGUCCUUUAGCAUGCCGCACCGUCCUGUAGCUUGCCGAAGCGUCUCAAUAUCGUAUUUCUCGUCAAAACAGUUUCAGAGUUGUUACAAGCUAGUUGUGUGAGUUGUAUUUAAUAUGGUGGACUGGGAUCUAGUGCUCAUAGCAGCUCUUGCUGAAGAAGAAGAGAAAUCUAAUCAAUCAAGAAGAUUUUGGGUGAACAACCUUUGGAAGCAACGAUAUACGUCCGGUGAAUUCAACAAUUUAUUCAAUGAUUUGCGUUAUGACGUGCGAAAAUUUUAUGACUACUAUAGAAUGAGUUAUGAAAAUUUUGAAAGUCUGGUUCAUUUGCUUCGACCUUUCAUGGAGAAAAAACAAUCAAAUUUUCGCACACCUAUAUCUGUUGAAGAAAGAUUGUCUGUGUGCUUGAGGUUUUUAAUCACAGGAGUCAGUUUCAAAACUUUAGCAUUCAAUUACCGAAUGGGAUUUAGUACAGUUCGUUGUAUAGUCCAUGAAACCUGCCGUGUAAUCUGGAAUAUUCUUGGCCGUAUCGUUCUGCCAAAACCAACAACAGCACAAUGGAAGAUAAUUGCUAAAGACUUUGAUGAAAUAUGGAAUUUUCCAAAUUGUAUUGGUGCCAUAGAUGGCAAGCACUUCAAGAUACGAGCUCCAAAUAAUAGUGGAAGUAUGUAUUUUAAUUAUAAAAAAUUUUUUAGUAUCGUUCUGUUGGCUGUAGCAGAUGCUAAAUACAGAUUUGUCAUUGUCGAUGUAGGUGCUUAUGGUAGAAAUAGCGACGGUGGUAUAUUAGAUCAUUCAAAAUUGGGUUUAAAAUUGCAAAACGACACCUUAAAUAUUCCUCAAAAUGUGAGCUUACGAGGAAUAACUGAAGAAUUACCCUAUGUUUUUGUUGCUGAUGAAGCAUUUCCACUAACGAAAAAUAUAAUGAGACCGUACCCUGCGAAUCAAUUGGCAAAUAUAGAGAAAAGAGUUUUUAAUUACAGACUAAGUCGAGCAAGGCGUAUUGUGGAGAGUGCUUUUGGCAUUCUUCAAUCAAGGUUUGAAAUAUUUCAGAGGAGAAUGCAAGUACAAGCAAAAUAUAUAGAUAACAUCAUUUUAGCCUGCUGUUCUUUACAUAAUUACAUCAUUAACAAUGCAACGACGGAACUUCCAAACCCACUACAGGAAAGUGACAUUUUAGAAAGUUCCGUGGAUAACAAUGUAGUUGGCGAUACCGAUAUUAUCAUGUGCGAGGGUAUGGUCAUUAGAGAUCAAUUUAAACAAUAUUUUAACUCUGAACAUGGGUCAGUUAGUUGGCAGAAUAAUAUUGUCAAUAGAUCAUAAAAUACCAACGAUCUAUAAGUCAAUGUAAUUAAUUAUAUAUUAUAUAUACUUAUACUUAUUAUAACUCAAUAAAAAAUACAAUGUUUAUGAUGCUUACUUACGUGUUUU